CGUCCGGCGCGGCCGCUCCGCUCCCCGCUCCGCCGCCGGGCUCCGGCCACCCCGCCCACGCCGGGCACCCUGCGAGCGGCCCCCCCCCUUCCCCCUACCCCCCCCCCGCCGCCCCGACUCCGGGCGCGCACGGUGCAGCCGGGCACGGGACGCGCCCCAGCCCGGCACAGCGAGCAGCGCGACGGAGCACCGGGAGCGCCGAAGCUGGGCACCGGGCACGGAGAUCUGGACACCGGGAGCCGUCCGCGGAGGAGCUGGGCACCGGGCGCGCUUGGUCCAGGCAGUGGGAACCGGGCGGCCGGGCGGCAGGAGCAGUAGAUCGCGGCAGCGGGAGCCGUCCGGGCCGACGCCGAGCACCGGGAGCCGUGCAGCCGGACACCGGGUACGGGGCAUGCUAGAUCCGGACAUCGGGAGCCGUCCAGCCGGGUACCGGGCACGCUAAUCCAGGCACCGGGUGCCGUCCGGCCGGACACCGGCUAGCGCGCACGCUCUAUCCGCACGGCGGGUGCCGUCCAGCCAGGCAGCGGGCGCUCUCGAUCCGGGCACGGGCACCGGGCACGGUAGAUCGGGGCACCGGGAGCCGAGCACCAUGCACCCCUCCAGCGUGCUGCACCGCCUGGCCUGGCUGCUGCUGGGGCUCAGCGUGCCGGGGCCGAGCCGAGGCCAGCUGCACGGCGAGAAGGGCAUCUCCAUCCCAGACCACGGCUUCUGCCAGCCCAUCUCCAUCCCGCUCUGCACCGACAUCGCCUACAACCAGACCAUCAUGCCCAACCUGCUGGGCCACACCAACCAGGAGGACGCGGGGCUGGAGGUGCACCAGUUCUACCCGCUGGUCAAGGUGCAGUGCUCGCUGGAGCUCAAGUUCUUCCUCUGCUCCAUGUACGCGCCGGUGUGCACGGUGCUGGAGCAGGCCAUCCCGCCGUGCCGCUCCAUCUGCGAGCGGGCCCGCCAGGGCUGCGAGGCCCUCAUGAACAAAUUUGGCUUCCAGUGGCCCGAGCGGCUCCGCUGCGAGAACUUCCCCCGGCACGGCGCCGAGCAGAUCUGCGUGGGGCAGAACCACUCGGAGGACGGCGGCUCGCCGGCGCUGCUCACCAGCGCCACGCCGCUGGCCGGCCAGGGCACCCCCGGCGCCCCCCGCUACGCCACCCUCGACCACCCCUUCCACUGCCCACGGGCGCUCAAGGUGCCCAGCUACCUCAACUACAAGUUCCUGGGCGAGAAGGACUGCGCGGCGCCCUGCGAGCCCACCCGCCCCGACGGCCACAUGUUCUUCAACGAGGACGAGAUCCGCUUCGCCCGCAUCUGGAUCCUCAUCUGGUCCGUGCUGUGUUGCGCCUCCACCUUCUUCACCGUCACCACCUACCUGGUGGACAUGCAGCGCUUCCGCUACCCCGAGCGACCCAUCAUCUUCCUCUCGGGGUGCUACACCAUGGUGUCGGUGGCCUACAUCGCCGGCUUUGUGCUGGAGGAGAGGGUGGUCUGCAACGAGCGUUUCCAGGAGGACGGGUACCGCACGGUGGUGCAGGGCACCAAGAAGGAGGGCUGCACCAUCCUCUUCAUGAUGCUCUACUUCUUCAGCAUGGCCAGCUCGAUCUGGUGGGUCAUCCUCUCCCUCACCUGGUUCCUGGCCGCCGGCAUGAAGUGGGGCCACGAGGCCAUCGAGGCCAACUCACAGUAUUUCCACCUGGCCGCCUGGGCCGUGCCGGCCGUCAAAACCAUCACCAUCCUGGCCAUGGGGCAGAUCGACGGGGACCUGCUGAGCGGCGUCUGCUUCGUGGGGCUCAACAACAUCGACCCGCUGCGGGGCUUCGUGCUGGCCCCGCUCUUCGUCUACCUCUUCAUCGGCACCUCCUUCCUGCUGGCCGGCUUCGUGUCCCUCUUCCGCAUCCGCACCAUCAUGAAGCACGGCGGCACCAAGACGGAGAAGCUGGAGCGCCUCAUGGUGCGCAUCGGCGUCUUCAGCGUCCUCUACACCGUCCCCGCCACCAUCGUCAUCGCCUGCUACUUCUACGAGCAGGCUUUCCGCGAGCACUGGGAGCGCAGCUGGAUCAGCCAGAACUGCAAGAGCUUGGCCAUCCCCUGCCCGCUGCAGUUCACGCCACGCAUGACCCCGGACUUCACCGUCUACAUGAUCAAGUAUCUCAUGACUCUCAUCGUGGGCAUCACCUCGGGGUUCUGGAUAUGGUCGGGCAAAACGCUGCACUCGUGGAGGAAGUUCUACACGCGGCUCACCAACAGCAAGCAGGGCGAGACAACGGUGUGAGCCGCCCGGCCGCGGGCCGUCCCAGCGACCUUGGGGCUCUGGGUUUUCCUUUUGGGGCUUGAGGAUUUUUUUUUUUUUUUUUUAAGAUUUAUUAACGUCUAAGGGGUGUCUCUCUCUCUCUUUUUAUUUUUUUUUUUGUAAUUAAACCUGUAAAUAGCAUUUGUAAAUUUAAUUAUAUAUUUCUAUUUAAAACAAAACCAAAAAAAAAAGAGGAAAAAAAAAACAAGCUAAAAAACAAAAAAAGCCGAGAGCACGGAGAGGCCAGACUGGGAGAGGCGUCUCUUCUUCUUCCCUCUCUCCCCCCCUUCUUCUCGCUACUAAGAGUUUGGGGUUUUCUUUAUUUUUUUUUUCUCUUUUUUUUUUCCCCCGCUGCCUUCCCUCCCCUCUCUGACUUGGCAGCAGCUCCGCUCGCCGUGGAGCCAUAGAGACGGAUUCGCUGUUUGUGUUGGCCGGGGGGUCCAGGGAGCCGGGGGGGGGAAACGCUUGCAGCCGAACUUCCAUAAAAGCCAGAUCUGUGAUCGCUCCCCCCGCGGCCCCGACGUGCCGAGCACGGGAGCCGCUCCGCGUCGCAGGCGGCCGCGGAUACGUGGAGAGGAGAAGGCGCCGGGGAGGGGGGUGAAAAAGAAAAAGAGGAAAAAAAAAACUUCCAUUUUUCUCUUGGUUUUUUGGAAGCUCACCAAGAAAGUUGUGAUUUCUUUUUUUUUUUUUUCUUCCUCUCCUUCUUCUUUUUCUCCCCCCCCCCCAGCCCACUGCUGUCUCGGAAGGGACGUCGUUUCGGGGGCCGGCUGCCCUCCCUCGGCCCCGGCAGCGCCCACGGCCUCUGCAAAGCCGCUUCCGCUCCUCCUGCCCGGCCGCGUGCGGGAAAGCAGCGGCCAGCUGUGAUUUAUUUUAUUUUAUUUUAUUUUUUUAAUCAAUCUCCCCCUUUCCUCCACCGUCGCCCCGUUGCAAAUACAACCGAGUUAAACAACCCGCUGAGCUACUCCUAAGGAUUUUUUCUUUUUUUUUUUUUUUAAUCAAAAUCAAAAGCCGCGUCCUAAAGGCUGGAUUUGGUGUUUUGGGGAGUCGGACGUCAUAAUCGGGUGCGGAAAGGGCUUUUCGGGGCUCACGAAGGCUGGGGGAGGAGGCGAAGAGCGGGGUUUUGUGAGACCCCCCCCCCCUUUCCCCCCGGCCGAAUCGGGCCUCGCAGCUCAACUAGCAUCUCCGAGAGCCGGAGACAAAAGAGUUUUUGCGAUGAAAAAAAGUUGUUUUUUUUUUCUUAAAAAAUAAAUAAAUAAAAUAAAGGAGU